AUGGUUCAUGUUAAUUACAUGAAAAAAUCACAUCAGAUAAAUCCUAUUCAUUCGAUUAAUCUGUUUGCUCAAUGUUUGAUCAUUCUAUUUAAAAAGUAUUCAACACUACGUUAUUGUUUUGUUAUUUGUUUUCUUCUCAUUUCAAUGAUCUAUUUUUCUCCCACUAUUUAUGAUAAUCGUCAGAAUAAUGAAAAUAAAUAUGCAGAAGUUUUUCCUACGCAUUUUUUUGAUACGAAUACAUCUCGUUACAUUCCUAUUUCAAAAUUUCAAUCUCCAUCUCAUCGUCUCGUACUUCUUUGGACUAGUCUAUUUCAAGAGUAUUAUUGGCAUCAAAAAGCAUUUUUUAAUUUAUCUACUAUUGUCUCUUGUUCAGCAAUUCAUAAAUGCCAAUUUACACGUGAUAAAAGUAAAUUAUCUCAAGCAUCUACAGUUGCAUUUCAUUUAUAUGAUACGAACAGAUACGAAUUACUAGAUCGUAGAGAAUUAAAUAUUGAUAAUCAAAGUUGGGUAUUUGUUACAGGCGAAACUCCAAUUAAUUUUUAUUACCACAAUCCCUCAUUUUUACCUUAUAUUUUAAAUCAAUAUUUUGAUCGAUCGAUAUCAUACAAAUAUGAUUCGCCAUAUUUGAUAUAUUCACCAAUAGUUAAAUUUCGGAUAUUACCGAAUGAAACAUUAAAUUUAUCGUUACCACACACAGUUGAAAUUGAUGCGGAACACCAAUUGAAUGUGAAAAGUUUAGAACCGAAGAAAAAAUCAAUCGUAUGGAUUGUAUCAAAUUGUGUAACAUUUUCUCAACGAGAAAAGUACGUUGAAGAAUUAAAAACGUUUAUUCAAAUCGAUAUUUAUGGUCGAUGUGGUGCACCAUGUGCAACAAAGAAUAAUCGUCAAUGUAAAAUGAAUCUGAACGAAUAUUAUUUUUACUUAGCAUUUGAAAAUAGUCGCUGUAAAUCGUAUAUAACAGAAAAAUUUUGGAACAUUAUGACUGAUAGUAAUCAUCGUAUUGUACCUAUUGUUAUGGGUGCUCCUGAAGAUGAUUAUAAACGUAUGGCACCUAAACAAUCCUAUAUUCAUGUUGAUGAUUAUAAAACACCUCAGGAUCUUGCUCAAUAUCUUCAUCAUCUUAUUGAUAAUCCAAAAAAAUAUCUCCAAUAUCUUCAAUGGCGAGAAUAUACAAAAAUUGAAUUACGAUAUUCUUUACCAUGGGCACAUUUGUUAUGUCCUCUAUGUCAAAUGGCAUAUGAUAAUCCAUUAUCUUCCACUGAUCGUCUUAAUUUUUCAUCAUGGUACAAUGCAAAAGCUGAGUGUCAUCCCGAUGAUGUUAAAAUGUUUAAAAAAUGCAAACAAACUAAUUUAAGAGCUUGGAUGAAUAUGAUUCAUGGCAUGAAAUGUCCAUAG